AUGCAGCAGGUGCGGCUGCAGCAGCAGGAUGUGGACGAUGGUUGGACGUCUCCAAACUUCUGUGGCCCCGACUCUGUCCUGGACUGUAUCUCUGUCCCAGAGAGAGACCUACAGGACCUGCACCGCAACGGUUUUCGAAGGCUCACUUUGCUGAACACAUGGUAUGGCUCUCUGCGCCCGCUCUUCCCUCCAGAGGAAAACAUCUCCAUGGUUCCCACGGUGACGGACGGCAGCCAGCGGUUCCUGGGCACCGUCCUGGGCUCCUCUGUCAUCUCCACCACGGUCCUGGGAGACGAGCAGCCAAUCAACACCGCUGUGCGCUUCCAGCUGCACCACAGGACACAGAGUGAGACCUCAUCCUUUAUGUUUCCACCUGCUCAGAGUGAGACCUCAUCCUUCUGUUUCCACCUCAGAAGUGAGACCUCAUCCUUCUGUUUCCACCUCAGAGAUGAGACCUCAUCCUUCUGUUUCCACCUGCUCAGAGUGAGACCUCAUCCUUUAUGUUUCCACCUGCUCAGAGGAUCUGCGGGGACUGUGUACGAUCCUGUCUGUGCUUUCUGGGACUUCAGUCUUAUGCCGGAGUCUGGGGGCUGGUGGAACACCAAAGGCUGUGAGGUGGUCUCCAAACACUACAGCUCCACGGUCUGCUUCUGUAACCACACCACCAACUUCGCUCUGCUGCUGCAGGUCUACGAAGUACAGAUCCUCACAGGACAGGUCCUCACAGGGCAGGUCCUCACAGGGCAGGUCCUCACAGGGCAGGUCCUCCCAGGGCAGGUCCUCACAGGGCAGGUCCUCCCAGGGCAGGUCCUCCCAGGGCAGAUCCUCACAGGGCAGGUCCUCACAGGGCAGGUCCUCACAGGGCAGGUCAUCACAGGGCAAAUCCUCACAGGGCAGGUCCUCACAGGGCAGGAACUCACAGGGCAGGUCCUCACAGGGCAGGUCCUCACAGGGCAGGUCCUCACAGGGCAGAUCCUCACAGGGCAGGUCAUCACAGGGCAAAUCCUCACAGGGCAGGUCCUCACAGGGCAGGAACUCACAGGGCAGGUCCUCACAAGGCAGUGGAGCCCAGAGAAUCAGAGGGCCCUGGAGGUGCUGACGUUUAUCGGCUGUGGAGUGUCUUUGUGCGGCCUCCUCUUCACCUUGGUGCUCUUCCUCGCCGUGGGGGUCCCCAAGUCCGACAGAACCACCGUCCACAAAAACCUGAUCGUGGCCCUGGCCCUGGCACAGAUGCUGCUGAUGUGCAGCGAGAAGGCUUCAGCCAAUGAGGUUGUGUGUUUCCUGGUCACCGCCCUCCUCCACCUCUUCUACAUGGCCUCCUUCUGCUGGAUGCUGGUGGAGGGUCUGCUGCUCUGGAGUAAAGUGGUGUCUGUCAACAUCAGUGAGGACCGGAGGAUGAAGGUCUACUACGUGAUUGGCUGGGGUGAGGUCAUGUGGUUGGCUGUGAUUGGCUGGGGUGAGGUCAUGUGGUUGGCUGUGAUUGGCUGGGGUGAGGUCAUGUGGUUUGCUGUGAUUGGCUGGGGUGAGGUCAUGUGGUUGGCUGUGAUUGGCUGGGGUGAGGUCAUGUGGUUGGCUGUGAUUGGCUGCGGUGAGGUCAUGUGGUUGGCUGUGAUUGGCUGGGGUGAGGUCAUGUGGUUGGCUGUGAUUGGCUGGGGUGAGGUCAUGUGA